UAUUGAAGAAGAAAUUGUCGAUGAAACUGAUGAUAAUCAUAAAAAUCAACAUUCAGAUAAUGAUGAUGAUGAAGAUGAUGAAAGUAUAGCUUCAUUAAAAGCCGUUGUUUUAAUGAAAAAAUCAACAACAAAUAACAAUGAAGAAGAUUUACAAACAACAACAACAACAAUAGCUACUAUCGAAACACCAACAACAACGACAAACAAAGAUUCGAAAGAAGACCAAGAUGAUGAUGAUGAUAUAAUCUUUAGCGAUUUGAUGGAAAAUUUGAUACAGGAAGAUGUAUUCAAUGAAAGUAAUGACCGUACAGGGAAUUAUCAACAACAAAAACAUGAACAACGACAACAACUACGACCUCAAUCAGCUCGAUCAUCAUCAUCUAAAACAACAAUCACAGCAAAAACAUCAAUAAAUGAAAUUCUGUUGAAUCAGCAACCAAACGAAUUAUUAUCAACAACAACAACAAUACAGAAAACCGAUAACAUCAGCAACAAUCGUAAAACACGUAACAACAAUACACCAUCAUCAUCAUCAUCAUUGUUGGAAGCUGUAUUUGAAGAGGAUGAUGAUGAUGAUGAUGAAGAAAAUGAUGGUGGUGGUGGUGGACAAUCACCAUAUGAACAAAAAAAUGGUUUAGGAGAAGAAGAGGACGAAGGAGAAGAAUCUCAUUCCAACGAUAAUAACGGUGGAAUCAAAACUGAUGAUCAAAUGAGUCAAAUGGGAUUCAUCAUCAUCAAGCCAACAACAACAACAGUAACAGUAACAAACAGUGAAAAUAGUCAAAAAUAUUUGAAUGAAAAGCUAAAAGAUACUGAUAUUAAACCAGCCACUAUGGCAAUAUUAUUAGAUAAUGUUGAACGGCAACAAAUUAAUGAUGGAAAUCAAUCAUUGAAUGGCAGAAAUGAAAUGAACAAAAAUCCUAACGACGACGAACAUCAAGAUGAUUCCGUUGUCGAUGACGACAAAGUUUUCAAAGUUGAUGAUGAUGAUUAUGAAGAAGAAUUUGAAUCAGAAUCAAAUUCCAUUGAACAAAAUGAAUUGAAAAACAAUAACAUUAAUGAUUUGAUACAAAAAUCAUUUGAUAAUGAAUUUCAACAACGUUUUCAAACAAUUACUGAACAAAUGCAAAUGGAUAUUGUAAAUUUACGUGAAAAUCUUCGACAUGAAUUGAAUGAAAGUGAAAAAUUAUUAAAAAAACAAAUAACUAAUGAAAUUCUUUUGGUAAAUGAUCGAAUCGAUAGGAUUCAUAUACAAACAAAUAAUAAACAGGAAAAAUUAUCCGGAAAAAUCGAUGAUCUUAAUUUGUCAAUCACGACGAUUCAAAAACAACAACAACAACAAACGAAUAUAGUUGAAGAAAUUGGUAACAAAAUAUUCACAACUAAAGUAAAUUCCAUACGAAAUGAAGUGGAUGAAAAUUUGAAUGAAAAAUUACAACGAAUCAGUAUGAAUUUAGAUCGAACAAUAACGAAUGAAAUUGAAAAAGUUUCCGAAAAUAUUGAAACAAAAUUGCUGACUAAACAGGAACAAAUGUUACGAAAAGAAUUAUCAUUACAAAUAUCUGAAUCAAUGAAACAAUAUGAAAAUCAAAUGAAUCAUAGAUUAUCAUUGGAUCGAAUACGAAAUGAAUUUCGUCCAUUUAUUGAUCAAUGUCGAUUAAUGUCCGAUGAAAAUCAAAAAAGUAUUGAAUCAUUACGAUCAAUGAUUGAACAGGAUAGAAAUUUUGCUCAAAAAAACUUUCAACGAAUCGAUAUGAAUUUGACACGAUUAUUGGAAAAAGAUAAGGAAAAUUCUAAUAUGACUGCAUUGAUGAAUCGAUCCGAAUCGGCGUCCGAUUGCCAUCAGCAACAACAACAACAAAUACGUGAUAUGAUCACUGAAGAAAGAGAAUCAUUAAUGAAAAGAUUGAAUGAAUUGGAUACGAAAAUUGAAUCAUUUAUGCAACAAAUUGAUUCAAAAUUGAAUCGAUUCGAAACAACAACAACAACAACAAUUCAAGGUAAUUCUAUGUCUAAAGAAACGAAUCCUAAUAAUGUUUAUCAUAAUUAUAAUAAUGAUGAUGAUCAUCAUUUGAGAACAUUUCCAAUAACAAAGUGUGAACAAAAUUCUAAUUCCAAACUAAAAAAAUACCAUAAUAAUAAUGAUCAUUUGGCUCAUCAAGAUGAUAAUGAUGAAGCGAUUUCGCUCGAUAAUAAUGCUGCUACCAAUAUUGAUUCAAAACAAAUUCCAGUAACUAAUGAUAAUAAUGGAACAUUAGUUCGAUCAUUGAAUAAAAAUGAAACUAAUGAAAAACAUUUACAGCUAAUAGAACAGUGUAACAAUUUGAAAAAUUUUUUACAAGAAUUUUAUGUGAAAAAUACUGAUGAUGGUGAUGAUGAUAAAAAGAUGAUAAAACCACCGGCCAAAUUCAACAUGGCUAGAAAAAUGAAAACAAAAAACUACAAUGAACGACGACAACAACAACGAUCUAAUUUGGAAUUUAAACCAAAAUAUCGAUCAAUGUCCAAUUCAAACUCAUCAUUACAGUUAUCGUCUUCGUCAUCAACUGCAUCAACAUCAUCAAAAGGUCACGAUCAUCAUCAUCGUCGAUAUCGACAUAGACAGGGUAGAGAUUUCAUCGAUACUUAUAUACUUCCAAAUGAAUUGAUGAUGAAUCAUCAUCAUCAUCAUCGUUCAAAUUUACCAAAGAAAUUUGAUUUAAAUUAUAAAAAUCAAAAUCAAAAUAAACAAGCACAACAUCGUGUUCGUAUGCAAACAAAUUCAUUGAUUUCAUUGAUCAAACAGACAACUAAUCAAUUAAAACAAGAAUUGAAUAAUUUGGAUAUGCUUGGUGAUCGGUCUGAUGAUAUUGAUUUGCAUACAUUGAUGGCAGGCAGAUCAUCAGUCAAUCAUCAUCAUGAUAAUGAUGAUUUGUGGUUGCCAUUAUCAUCAUCAUUAAAUGGCAAAACAAAUCGAAACAUCAAUGAUGAUUUGUUUAAAUUUACCGCAAGGGAUGAUCAACAACAACAAAAAAAUCAUGAUGAUCAAAUGCUAAUGUUACGUAUGAAAUCGAUUCGUAAUUCAGUCAAUGAUCGAUUGAUGAAAAUUUCAACAGCUAUUGAACAGCAAAAAAUUACACAAAUUUAAAAAAAAAACAUCAAGAAG